CCUCCCUUGGUAUUUGAGCCUUUUUGAAGGGACACACAGUCCACAGCUGACUGAUAGCCAUGCGGAUCCUCUACCUGCUCUUUGCUGUUCUUUUCCUCCUCUUCCAGGCUACUCCAGGUUAUGGAGAUGUGACUUUUGCUGACACUGUAGAGUGUAAGAGCCAGGGAAAUUUCUGCCGUCUUACAUCCUGCCCACCGACAUUCUCUCCCUCAGGAUCAUGCCAUGGGGGUUUGUUGAAAUGCUGCAAAAAGUAAGUGUUGCAGA